AUGAAGCCGAAGAAGAGUAACGCGAUAAAGUGCUGCUUAUUGCUCGCUAUCGCUGGAUUUGUGUUAUAUACAAGCGUGGAUGUUGCAACAACAACAACAACAUCAAUAACAACGACAACAACGAGUGGUACUGGUAUUCAGAAUGUUGGCAGCGGAGCGAAAGCAAACGUAAGAGAAUUCGCGGAUGAGAACGAUAAUACUGAUGAUUACGGCGAAUCAAAACGCGGAUAUACUCACAGAGAAGAAGAAGAGGCGGUAGAAGAAAUCCGCACCUCAGCUUUUUCUUCUUCUUCUUCUUCUUCUUCGUCCAAAAAUAAGAGAAGAGCGAAGCAAAAAGAGAUAUUGAAAACAAUAAACGGGCACGCCAAAAUGUUACCGGAUAAGUCUCCAUCGAGAGUGUACGACAUUUUUACCGACGACGAUGAGUUUGAAGAUUCGAACACCGCGUCGUCGUCGUCGUGUAAAACUCAAUUCACAAUCUCUGACGCGUUCAAAAACGCAAACUCGAACGGCAUCGGGUAUUCGCACAUGGCGAUGCUCUCGCCGUUACCAAAAGGAAGCUUUUAUCGAUGGAUUUUAGUGUGGCAGUGUUCAAAAGGAAUCGAGGGGACCGCGGAUAUGCACUUGAGGGCAGUUUUUUCGGACGAUCUCAACAAAUGGAUGCCUAAGGACGGCAUAGAGUUGAACGUAAAGAAAGAUAAAAAGAAUGCUGUUUGGGCACCGGUUCUCCAUUUAGACGAGAAAGAGAACGUGUUGUGGUUAUUUUUUAGCGAGUCGGUGAAAUGUUUGCGAUUGAUGUCGCCGGAAAAUCGAUGGUCGCCUGGUGGAAACAUCAACGCUGUUUCUUCCAUUGACGGGAUUUCCUGGACGAAGCCUAAAACGUUGAUAACGAGCGAAAGCGAGAGCGGCAACCCGAAAGUCAUCGCGAACAAGUUAGUCGUACAUCCGAAAUCAAAACACUGGAUUUUACCGUACUGGGGGGAAGCCUCGAGCGCGAAAGGGUGUCGUUCGGGUCAUCCAACCAUCAGCGGAGUGUUAAUUUCUAAGGACGAAGGACAUACGUGGCAUUCGCACGGGAAAGUACACCCAAGACACGGUAGAGUGAUCGAGGGCACCGUGGCGGUAACCGAGAACGGGAGUUCAAUUUUACAGCUGUGGAGAUCAAAAAGCGGAUUUUUGAUGCAAUCGACGUCGGCGAAUGGUGGAUUUACGUGGACUUCGCCGAGAAAACGAACUGAUUUGAAAAAUCCAGACAGUAAAUCGAGUCUGAUAGACUUCAGUUAUUACGUCAACGGCACGAGUGGUAAAACGAUAAUCGUCAGCAACAGCGGCAUCAGCGAAUUAUCGUCGACAUCAUCGAAAGCAAAGCAAAGUUUGAAACACGUCAUCGCGUUAGCCUUUAACGACGCCUCUUCCGGUCGCAAGAAACUUUCGUUAGCCGUUUCUUCGGGCGACGGCAAACGUUUCUCGAAGCUGAAAGAAAUCGAACCCGGAAAAUCGGGUGUUCACUUCCACUACCCGACGGUCAUCGCCGAUCCGUAUUAUGCGUGCGGUGGUAACAAAAUCCGAAUAACCGUCGCGUACUCGUACAUGAAACGCGUCAACGGUUGGGGCAACGUCUAUCGACAGGCGAAGUUUGGCGGCAUUAAAGUCGCUACGGUUUUGAUGGACGCCGCGUGA